AUGUCCGUAGACAAGAUCCCAGACGAGAUACUCCAGCAUCUAUUCUACUAUGUUUCGCCAUGGGAGUCUUUGCAAUGUCUCCAGAUCGUGUCACGUCGCUUCCAUAGGCUCGCCAACGAGCCGCUACUAUGGAAAUCGUACUGCUCGUGGUCAUUCUCAUAUUGGCACCCCGGCCACGACUUUCAUCACAAACUCCAGCUCAAGGUAGCCGAGGUCAACUGGAAGGAGCUGUUCAUCCUGAGGGCGCGGCAGAACAGGCUCAUUGCGAGACUUCUUGACGAUAUCAUCACCACCCAGGUCGGGAGAUUGAAACGAUUCGAAACUAUAGGCCGCCUGGGGUACGAUGCCAAGGAUUUCCUCUUACAACAGUGCCAAACCGUGGAAACUGCGACAGAUUACCUCGCGAGAAGAUACUACAGCAAUGCCCUCCUCGACAGUAUCCACAGAAGCAUGGCGAUUGAAGAAUGGCACCAGCUUCGACUCGACCGUGAUUUGCUCGAAACCCAAGUUGCUGGCGUGCGUCUCGAGCGAUCAUUGGGCGCCUUCGACAUGUUCGUUCUGCACGACCAGUUUGGUGACAUGGACAAUAUUUCCGACAUGCUUCGAGACAAAGCUGCCGAAUUCCGUGCCAGGGAGCCAAAUCUGGACGAUUACUCGACCCGGAGAAAGGCACUUGCCUUGAAUCGUUGGCUUCGCUCCAGUGGCCUCACCGGCAUGAAAUAUCCAGAGAGAAACUUUCGCAACCUCCGAAAUCUAUUCAUAGGACAGGCCCUCCGGCGUGGGGACCACCAUGACUCCCUCCCCGUCAUAUCGAGUGCCAUUUUCUGCUGCAUCGCUGCUCGUUUGGGGUUGACGGCCCAGUGCUGCGCAUUUCCAGGUCAUGUUCACGCCAUUGUCUUUGCCAGCCCGGGGCGGACACUUGAUGGUGGCCCUAUGGCGGUCGAGAAUGGGCCUCGAGAGCGGAUGUACCUGGAUCCGUAUGGCUUCGACGACGAAGUGCCGGCUGCCCAUCUCCAGACCUCGCUGGCCCGCGUCGGUUGGCAAGCAAAUGCCGAGGUACUACUGGCACCGGUCCCAACUCUGGCCGUGACACAGAGGACGGCAGAAAACAUCAAGGCAACAUUCGCCAGGGCACUGGAGCUGCAAGACGAUGCCCACCCUGAACUGAGCCAGCUUCUGAGCGGAAAUAGCUCGUCGAAUAUGGAGGCUGCACUCUACGCAUCAUUAUGGGCGCAUUUGUUAUUGUCGACGCCCAAUACGCUCGAGUGGCAUGAUCGUCUAACUUGCUUCAUGAGGCGGUUCGCCAGUACGUGGCCAGAGGAUGCAUGGCUCGUCGAAAAGUACCUACGGCCCAUCUACAACAAUUUCGCGCCCCCGAGUGGCGAGUUUGCACACCAUGCCCGCCGCGGCUUGGGUGACCCCUGGGAGCCAUGGCGGCUGGUGCGAGACCAGGAUGACCACUUGCCGCCACCUUGCAGGAGAAGUUCCUUCACCAACCAGCUGGCCCCUUUCAGGGUCGGCCAAAUCUUCCAGCACCGAAGAUAUGGUUGGACCGGUGUCAUAACCGGGUGGUCUUGCCAUGGCGCAAGACAACCGCCCGUGACACACCCCGAGCAGCAGACUAGUGGGAACGGUGUUGAGUCGUCAUCUUCAUGCCAAACCGGGAGGCCACCGAAUCGCUUCUACUUCAUGUGCUUCCCAAGUACUGGCUCGGAACCUCACGUGGUCGCCUCGGAGAACAUUGAGGUGCUCGAUGACGCAAGCCAAGUCGCCCCAAGCAUGUUCCCGAUGGCGGGAAAAUUCUUCAAGCGAUUUGAUCCUACGACGUGCACCUUCGUGUCCAACAUCGAAGAGCAAUACCCUGACGAUUGA